UACCCCUUCGCCCCUUCACCCCUCUCCUGUACAGGGUGGGCGGGGCUGCCGCUGAUGGCGGUGCUCUGCCUGGCGGUUGGGUUCGCGGGCACUCGGCUGGGCAUGUGCUGGGUGUUGCUGGAGCACCGCUGGCCGCAGUACCGCGCGCCCUGCCGCCAACCUUACCCGGCCAUCGCCCGCCGCGCCCUCGGCAUCCCGGGACAGUGGGUGGUGGUGGUGGCCCAGACUCUGACGCUGGUGGGGGUGACGGCGGUGGUGCUUAUCCUAACCGGGGACCUCCUGGCCUCCCUGGCGACUCCCCUGCUCUCCCCCUGCCUCUGCACUGGGGUCGUGGCAUGCCUGCUGCUCCCCGCGUCUUGGCUGGCCACACCGAAGGAUUUUUGGUUCGUCUCCGUGGCAGGUGUAGUGGUGACGGUGCUGCAGUGUGUGGUGGUGGUGGUGACGACGGCGCUGGAAGGCACACCAUCUCCCGACCCCUCCAUCACCACCAACACUACCUUCACAAACACCACCAACACCACCAUCACGAUCUAUCCUUUCUACACGUCCCCGUCCCUCUCCUCCUUCUUCCUCGGCUUCGGAACCAUCCUCUUCUCCUUCGGGGGCGCCUCCACCUUCCCCACCAUCCAGAACGACAUGGAGGACAGGACUCGCUUCCCUGUCAGUGUCACCAUCGCCUUCCUCGGUAGGACACAACCCUUUGCCUUCCCACAUAUCCAAAAAGAUCAUGUAGGCUUUCCUCCCUCACUUAAUGGGGCGGCCGUGACAACUGUGAGGGUCUUUCUCUUCGUCCACCUGCUCUUCGCCUUCAUCAUCCUCCUCAACCCGGUGGCCCAAGGCGCGGAGGAGCUGCUCGGCGUUCCUCAUGCGUUUGGGUGGCGGCGGUGUGCGGUGCGGAGCCUGCUGGUGGCGGUGGAGGUGGUGGUGAGUCUCCUCGUGCCAGACUUCCAGGCGGUGCUCAACCUGGUGGGCGGCUCAACCAUCGCUCUCAUGUCCUUCGUGCUGCCGCCCCUCUGUUACCUCCGCCUCAGCGACGCACCAGACGACUCGGGACGCCCCCACAGGGUUGUGGGGGCGUGGGAGCGUGUGGCGCUGUGGGGCGUGGCAGUCGUGGGCGUGGCGGGUGGCCUCGUUACUACCUACACGGCCGCGUCGGUGCUGGCGUCCCCGGCGGUGCAGCAGCGCUCGUGCUUUUAGUAGUCAGGGCUUUGCGGGGCCGGGCUUGUGCUGCCGGUGUGGUGUCAUCUGUCAUCUGGUAUCCUAUAUAAGACAUCCCAUACUUAAUUUCGCAUCGCGGAACCCAAUCUUUACUAUCACAGAGUAACUAAGUGAAGCAUCUAAGUGUAAAAACAGUACCAAGGAGGUCAUAAAAAUAGAUGCAAAGCAGAACAGGUCACAAGAAGAAGAAGAAGAGUGAUUAUUGAUAUCCUAGUUAUAUACAUACAUACGUCAUCAUUUGCUUUCAUAAUAAUAUAAAUAAACUUGGGUGGGACAGAUCCCAACAAACAGUCGACAAAAGACACGGUACCAUGUCGAGAUUGAUGUAUGUAUUCAGGAUGGGAUGUCUCACGAUCUUGGGAUGUCUCAUGACACCACACCGGGGCUCGGAGGCUGACCGCCGCCUAGCCUGGCUGGCUGACUGGCACUCACCGGUAUAGCAAAGUUGGGUUGUUUGAAUUUAUUAAGCCAUAAGUUUAUUUAACCUUGUUUUCUAAAUAAAUUAUGUUGAUUUU